AUGGGUGGUGUGGACCUCUGUGACCGCAUGCUGAGCUUCUAUCGCAUGGCAAGCAGAACCGAGAAAUGGACCAUGCGUGUGACUGCUCAUUUCUUCGAUGUUGCCAUCACAAAUUCCUGGAUCCAGUACGAGUCUGACAGCAUAGCGCUUAACCCGAGACGACGACCAUUUGCAGAUCAGACAGACGACGGCGUACAACAGCUGGAGUGUGACACCCGUAGCAGAACGCCUGCAAAUCGCCUUUGUGCUGUGGAUUUGUCCUCUUUAUCACAUUGGCAAACUGGCACUAGCAUGAACAUUGGUGUAGAAACAUCAACAGCAGCUAAGGCUAGAUCUUUGCCCAAUAAACUCAAGAGACGCAGGGACAGCAACCUCAGGGAUGAUAAAGAAGACAAAAGCAGCCAUAGUCCUGCAAAGCGUCGUUGUGUUGUAGAUUUGUCCUCUUUAUCACAUUGGCAAACUGGCACUAGCAUGAACAUUGGUGGAGAAACAUCAACAGCAGCUAAGGCUAGAUCUUUGCCCAAUAAACUCAAGAGACGCAGGGACAGCAACCUCAGGGAUGAUAAAGAAGACAAAAGCAGCCAUAGUCCUGCAAAGCGUCGUUGUGUUGUAGAUUUGUCCUCUUUAUCACAUUGGCAAACUGGCACUAGCAUGAACAUUGGUGGAGAAACAUCAACAGCAGCUAAGGCUAGAUCUUUGCCCAAUAAACUCAAGAGACGCAGGGACAGCAACCUCAGGGAUGAUAAAGAAGACAAAAGCAGCCAUAGUCCUGCAAAGCGUCGUUGUGUUGUAGAUUUGUCCUCUUUAUCACAUUGGCAAACUGGCACUAGCAUGAACAUUGGUGCAGAAACAUCAACAGCAGCUAAGGCUAGAUCUUUGCCCAAUAAACUCAAGAGACACAGGGACAGCAACUACAAGGAUGAUAAAGAAGAUGAAAGCAGCCAUAGUCCUGCAAAGCGUCGUUGUAUUGUAGAUUUGUCCUCUCUAUCACAUUGGCAAACUGGCACUAGCAUGAACAUUGGUGCAGAAACAUCGACAGCAGCUAAGGCUAGCUCUCUGCCCACUGAACACAAGCGACACAGGGACAGCAACCUCAAGGAUGAUGAAGUAGACGAACUCAGCCAUUAUCUUGCAAAGUGUCUUUGCAUUAGAGAUUCGGCCUCUCCCUCAGAUCAGCAAGCCGACUCUAGCAGGAACAGUGAUCCGACAGCAGAUCAGACAGAGCCACACUGUUCACAGGCAUUCCCUGUUGCAUCUUCUGCAUGCAUGUCUCCCUCAGACAUGUUCACUGCAGACACAAUGUUCGGGAGCACAUCAUCAUCAGAGGAGACAGACUCUGAUAGUGUAGUAGGUGCUAAAGGGGGUUCUGUCAAUCCAUGCAGCACCAACAGACAACACCCGUACAGUGACUCUGAGGGUGAUGGAAAGUCCACCAGCAGUACACAGUCUGCACAAAACACGGUUCUAUAUGAGGAUGAGGAAGAAGAGAUGGAGACAAUUGGAUACUGGCACUGUCCAGAGGAGACAGACUCUGAUAGUGCAGCAGGUGCUGAAGGGGGUUCUGUACCUGGGUUUGUACAUCCCAGUGACAGCAACAUUGAGUUGCCAUCCUGUGGCUAUUGGGAUAACAGUGCUAUAGGAAACACUGGGGUAACAAAUCCCAGGGCAGGUACACCUCUCAUUCCAUACAACACCAACAAACAACACCUGUACAGCGACUCUGAGGAUGAUAGAAAGUCCACCAGCAGUACACAGUCUGCACAAAACACGGUUCUAUAUGAGGAUGAGGAAGAAGAGAUGGAUACAAUUGGAUGCUGGCACUGUCCAGAAUGCCUCAGGUGCAUCACCGUGGACGACAGGGAGUCUCCGUACUCGUGUAUGUUUUGUGUCGGUUCUGUUGGUCUGGCGGCGGGUAACCCAGAAGACACCACCCGGAUAAUUCACCUGUCUUCACCUGUCCUGAUUAAUGGAUCUAUUGAGGAGACAGACUCUGAUAGUGCAGCAGGUGCUGAAGGGGGUUCUGUACCUGGGUUUGUACAUCCCAGUGACAGCAACACUGAGUUGCCAUCCUGUAGCUAUUGGGAUAACAGUGCUAUAGGAAACACUGGGGUAACAAAUCCCAGGGCAGGUACACCUCUCAUUCCAUACAACACCAACAAACAACACCUGUACAGCGACUCUGAGGAUGAUAGAAAGUCCACCAGCAGUACACAGUCUGCACAAAACACGGUUCUAUAUGAGGAUGAGGAAGAAGAGAUGGAGACAAUUGGAUACUGGCACUGUCCAGAAUGCCUCAGGUGCAUCACCGUGGACGACAGGGAGUCUCCGUACUCGUGUAUGUUUUGUGUCGGUUCUGUUGGUCCGGCGGCGGGUAACCCAGAAGACACCACCCGGAUAAUUCACCUGUCUUCACCUGUCCUGAUUAAUGGAUCUAUUGAGGAGACAGUCUCUGAUAGUGCAGCAGGUGCUGAAGGGGGUUCUGUACCUGGGUUUGUACAUCCCAGUGACAGCAACACUGAGUUGCCAUCCUGUAGCUUAUUAUCCUAUUUGGAUAACAGUGCUAUAGGAAACACUAGGAUAAAAAAUCCCAGGGCAGGUACACCUGUCAGACUAUGCAGCACCAACAGACAACACCUGUACAGCGACUCUGAGGGUGAUGGAAAGUCCACCAGGAGCAGAAGCUCUGCACAAACCAGAAAGUCUUACACUUCUGAUUCGUCCUCUUCCUCAUGUUGGCACACUAGGCAUAGAAGAAAGAGUUAUGUGAAGGAGGAUCAGAAAGACAAAAAGCAGUCUAAGGCUAAGUGCAGGAGCUACAAACCACAAUGGAAGAGUGACCAGGAGGAUGAUGAAUCCGACACCAGCAGCAGACAGCAUGCAAAAAACAAAAGGUUUACCCAUCGAAAGGUAAAAGAGAAAUGCAGGUGGUAA